CACUACGAAACUAGUACUUGAGAAGUUUUUUUAAUGGCAAAAUAGGGGUUGUAUCAUUCUUCCUUUGUCCUAGUUCGAUUAACCGUCUUUAUCUUGAUUUUGAAAUUAAUUAUCAUCCAACAGCAACAAGUAACAACAAAAUAAGCAAAAGUAAAAUUACAAGUAUUGGAUUAGGACUUUAGGAGAAAAAUCAGGAACUGUUUUUGCAAUCUAAAUAUCUGGAAUCCCACCGACCUCUGAAUUCUCAUUCUAUAAAAGCUCACCGUCUCUGUUCUCACCCGUCUCUCUCACCCUCUCAAACUCAAACUCAAAACUCUUAGAUCUCUCUGCUUCAUAUAAUUUUCCAAGUUGACUAUAUUUCUUUGUUCAGAGACAAAACAACAACUCUAACCAUGCUUGUCUACCAGGAUAUUCUCACAGGGGAUGAGCUUCUCUCUGACUCGUUCCCAUACAAGGAAAUUGAGAAUGGAAUGCUGUGGGAAGUGGAGGGAAAGUGGGUUGUUCAAGGAGCAGUCAAUGUAGAUAUUGGUGCUAACCCUUCUGCUGAAGGUGGAGAAGAGGACGAGGGUGUUGAUGAUCAAGCUGUCAAAGUAGUUGAUAUUGUUGAUACUUUUAGGCUUCAGGAGCAACCAGCUUUUGAUAAGAAGCAAUUUGUUACAUUUAUGAAGAGAUAUAUUAAGUUGUUGACACCAAAAUUAGAGGCAGAUAAGCAAGAGUUGUUUAAGAAGCACAUUGAGGGAGCAACUAAGUUCCUCCUCUCAAAGCUAAGUGACCUUCAAUUUUUUGUGGGGGAGAGUAUGCACGAUGAUGGGAGCCUAGUCUUUGCAUAUUACAAGGAAGGUGCUACUGAUCCAACUUUUAUCUACUUUGCCUAUGGGUUGAAGGAAAUCAAGUGCUGAGCACGUGGCUUCUAGUUUGAGACCGCAUUCACAGGCCCCUGUAGUUUUUAAUUAGUCGUCGUGUGUUUUUGGGUUUUGCUUAUGUUAUGUGGAGAUUGUUUCUAGAGUUUAAUUUCGUGUUUUUUAUUGAGGAACAUGUUAUCAUUUAAUAAUUUAACCGAGUAAUAUGUGUUUUAGUUAUGCC